UUCAUCUCUGACUCUUCCUACACAAAAACAAUGGCAUUCAUCAAAGAUUCAGAGCACCUUAGUAUACCCUUCAAAGAUAUCGAAUUAGGAACCAAUAAUUUCACAACACUUAUCGGAAAGGGCGGGUAUGGCAAAGUUUACAAAGGAGAGCUCUCACUUUCGGGUAAACUUACAUCUGUCGCGGUAAAGCGACUAGAUACCAACCUUUCUGGUCAAGGCUUUAAAGAAUUCUUGACGGAAAUUCAAUUGCUUUCUCGCUAUAAACAUCCAAACCUUGUCUCCCUUGUUGGUUUUUGUCAUGAGGGCCAUGAAAAAAUUCUGGUUUAUGAGUAUGCAGAGCGCGGAAGCCUUGACAAGUACCAUCAUGUGGAUGGAAAAACAUGUUCGUUAACAUGGAAGCAACGGAUAAAUAUAUGCAUUGAUGGAGCACGUGGUUUGAACUACCUACACAACUAUGUUGCAGAAAGAGAGAGAGUUAUCCAUAGGGAUGUAAAGAGUGCAAAUAUUAUCUUAGAUGACAAUUGGAAAGCUAUGAUUGCGGAUCUUGGGCUUUCCAAAUUAGGUUGUGCCAAUGAAAAUGAUACAUAUCUAAUUACUAAUGCGUGUGGCACACAAGGUUAUUGUGAUCCGGCAUAUAUACAUACGGGAGUGUUGACUAAAGAGUCAGAUGUUUAUUCAUUUGGCGUGGUAUUGUUUGAAGUCUUAUGUGGGAGGUUGGGCUUCAAAAAUGUAAAUAAUGAACAAAGAUUUCUAGCUCAACUCGCCAAACGCUACUAUGAAGAAGGAAAAUUAUAUAAGAUUGUUGAUCCUUGUUUGAAGAACCAAAUGGACUCGGAUUCUUUGAAAGCGGUUUCCAAGAUUGCAUAUCAGUGCUUGAAUAAUGAUCGUGAAAAACGACCCUCCAUGGAAAUUGUGGUAGAGAAACUUGUGGAAGCACUGGACUUGCAAGUUUUUGAUAAAUUAGAUUUCUCUUGGUAUGAAGAGAUAAAUAGGAUGUCAGAUUCUCCUCUAGUGUAUUCUAGCAGAAUGGAACUCUACAAACAUCUCUCAAAGGGGAUCCUUGUCAAAGAAGGCAACGUGUGGUUUUCUAUGGAUGAUGAUGGGAAGAAUCAAGAACUAGUAUCAGCAAAAAAGUUCAUGCACUUGAAUGGAAAAAACUGUACAGAGACUACUGCUCCUCAAUCUCGAUUUCCAACGGUAGCAAAGAUCUUGGAUCCAACAGAGCUUAAUAUGCAAGUCAAGAUAACAACUCGGUUUUUAUCACCCAAUAUAACGUAUGCAGCUUACCUUGUAUGGAAACCCGUAUAUCUCUUUCCCGGAGGUUCCUCUGUUGUCGGGAAUUUAAAUUACAAACUAAAUGGUAAAACAAAGUUAUGUAUAUCAUAUCUUGGAGAGUUGGAUCAGAGUGGAUGGAUGAUGAUUGAACUCUUCCAAAUCAUCAAUCCUAAAAGAAAUGUUGGUUUUAAAGUUAAGUUAGAAGGAUUUAAUUUUAUGAACCAAGUACGAACCUCAGUCAUUGUUGAAGGUGUCAAGUUUGUGCCAAUACAGAAGGUUGAUGAUAAAGAAAUCAAGGAACCAGAUGUGGAAACCGAGUGGGAGAAUUAUUUGCCAAGUGAUUAUAAGCAAUUCAUAUAUUAUUCAAGCAAAGAAAUGAUGUUAAUGCCUCAAAAGGAUGUGAUCUUCCCUACCAAAGAGGAAGCAUAUUCCAUUCUCUCUAAAGGCCUGCGUAUCAAGGUUGAAACAACAUAUGAUGGCACAUAUAGGCAGCGUUUUAAGGACACUGACAUGUGGUUUUGGAUAACCAAAUCGAAUGGGAAGAAAUGUUUUAUGCUUUCACUAGAUUCAGUUUAUGCAAAAGGCUCGUUGUGGAUUCAGUCCGCACCUGCAUCUCCAAAUGAAUCCAGAUUUGGAAAAGUUUUUUUUAUAGAACACACACUUCUCAUAGAGAUCGAGUUUACGCUCAUAUAUCCUCUUUUGUCAACAAAAACUACAUAUGCGUGUUACCUUGUGUACAAGAUGCAAAAAGAUCCGUGUUUCGAACAACCAUGGGAUGUGACUGUUAAAUGUCGCCAGCUGAACAAGGAAGUUAUGUAUUUGGGUAUACCAGUUUCUGAAAGGAGACCAUUCUGCUCGUUUGAGUCUAAAACAACUAAAAAGAUGUUUUUGAUAACACCUCGAAGCCCACUAAUUAAACCAUAUCGUUUGAUUGAAUAUUCCAACCCAUUGAACAAACUCAGUAAUAUGGAAUUUCCAAGACAAAGAAAAGAUAGUUGGUGGGAGGUGAGCUUAGGGAAGUUUAUCGUGGAUUAUAAGUCAUUCGAUGAAACGACUGGUAUCAUUAGUGUAAGGCCUGAUUAUGACUCGCGUAUUUCUAUAGAUAUGCAUCCGUCUGUAAAGGUUGAAAAACUUGUUUUGCAGGGCAUUGAGUUCCGACCAUUAUAUUAGAUUCCAUGAAUUGUAAUGGGUUUGCACUCUAGAUGUUUAUGAAAUUGCU